AUGGGCUGUAACAUGGUGCUGUUGCGGUUUCAAAUCAUCCUCUUGGUGUUCGCCAUGAAAACUUCAUGCUUCCAUGCGCGAUCGCCCUUCCAUGCUCGGGCUCACUCUGCUCAGCGGAGCGCAGGGAGAUACCUUCGUUUGAGAGGAGGAGCCUCCAUAGAUGAAGCGGCGUUCGAGGGAUACGAUGCCCUGAGCUCCUUCGCCAGGUUCUCAGCAGACGGGCACUUGUUUCAGGUCGAGUACGCACUAGAGGCCGUGAAGAGAGGGAGGACCGUCAUUGCAGUGAAGGGCGAGCACUGCCUUUGCAUCGCCACGGAGCGACGAGCCUUCGCCAAGCUGCAGAUCCCAUCAACAGUCCGCAAGAUGUACCAGGUCGACGCUCACAUCCUGGGAACGAUCGCAGGGAUGUCUGCGGAUGCGAGGGAUGUGAUAGACAGAGCUCGGAUGGAGGCGCUGACCUACCGCAUGGAGUACGAGGACUGUCCUCCCGUGGAGUACAUCGCAAAGUUUGUAGGAGAUCUGAUGCUUGAGAACACGGUCAGUGAGACCGUCCGCCCGUACGGAGCAAGCGUGAUCUUGACCGGGUUUGAUAAGCUGACCUACCACGAGUACCUCCCGUCGCGCGUCCCCCCUCCCUAUCCCUUCCCUCGGAUCUUCCUGUGCGAUCCCAGCGGCGCUGUACAAGAAUGCAGCGCCAUAUCGAUAGGAAGGAACUCAAACGUCGUCAUGGAGUUCCUGGAGAAGCAUUAUGACUCCCACUUGCAUCUGAUCAAGGACAAGGACUUGCAGACUGAGGAGCGGAUCCUUUGCGAGUUUGCACUCGCCGCCAUGAUGGAGGUUGUCAACAUGAACGGAAGCAGGAGUGUCGAGCUUGCUACCAUGACGAUAGAGAAUGGAGUCAGAAUCCUGCUCGACGACGAGGUGGAUAUUCUUCUGCAGAAUCUUUCAGAGCAGUUGGAGGAGACUUCACCGGAGGAGAUUGAGAAGAAGUUCAAGGAACUGAACAUCAAAGAACAAGCGUACCAUCCUCAAACUGCAGAGUAG